AUGAGCAGCAAGGCGUCCGAGGCUACCAAUCCGCCAACCAGCUCUGAAGCUCCCUGGUACGCAGCCUAUCCUGCGGCAAGAAACAAGAACCCAUCAACUCUCUCACGAGUGGACCUGCUAGCCAGCAUAAAAGAGGGCAAGAAACCCGGCAAAGAUUUCGUCCUUGUUGAUCUACGCCGCACGGACUACGAGGGAGGUACAAUACGUGGCUCCAUCAACCUACCAGCUCAAAGCCUCUAUCCUACCAUACCCACAUUGUACACGCUCUUCAAGGAGGCAAAGGUUGGCACGGUCAUCUGGUAUUGUGGAUCAUCUCGCGGUCGUGGAAACCGCGCCGCCGCCUGGUUUGACGAUUAUAUCGACGAUCGAGGGGACUCGGAUAUGAGGAGCGUGGUUCUUGUGGAUGGCAUCAAAGGUUGGGCUAGUGCUGGGAGAGAUUGUGUUGAGCUCAUGGACGAAUACAAGGAAGAGGCAUGGCGUAAAUAG